UUUUCUAGAUGCCAGAGAAGGCCGAGGUGCAGGCGCAAAGUAAAUUAUUGCGCGAAUGCCGCGUCAUAGCAGCAAAGACGCAUCAUUCAAUUAGCCGCAUCACCGGUGAUUUGGAGGACGAGCAUUACCUGGAGCUCGCUUCGAAACUACCCAUGUCAUCGGAAGAGCACGUGCGCUUCGUGGAAGAAAAACUUUCCCAAAAGGAAAGCACGGAUGCUAUGAUGCGGCUAAUAUUGAAGUCGAAGGGCGCAAAAGGCAGUGUGGACGGCAUACUACGUGGUUUGUUUUCAGACGAUGUAAUGUACCAUUACAAUUUAGAGGGGCGCAAGGAGAAGAAAUCCCUACUAAAACUAAAAUGCGUAGGGUAA